CCCGUCGCCAUGGCAACGGGGGAAGCUGUUGGAAAGGAGCCGUUGAAGGAGAAGCCGGUGUGGUUGGGUGAAGAAGGGGCUCGGGCAGCCAGGCUUCCCCCGGUUGCAUCUCCUUAGUGAGAGGAAGGAUGGCGAAGACACCUUGAGUGGGCAGCGAAGAAGAGAAAGAGAGGAGGGUAUUAAAUGGGGACAGCAAGCUGGGGGGGGGGGCGUGUGUUUCAAACAAAGAGGUGCUGGGGCUAAGCAGACCUGUCUGGGAGCCCCUGCUCAGUUACGUGGCGUCCGGCCGCAGCUAUUGCCCCCGAGCAGGGAUUGUGCUCUGCUUAUGCCCAGAGAAGUAUUCUGUGUUACUUUAAGUGGGCUGCUGCAUAGCGCAAAUCACACAGUGGUUCUCAACCUGUGGGUCCCAGAUGUUUGUUGGACUACAACUCCCAUCAUCCCUGAGCUCUGGCCUUGCUAGCUAGGGGUGAUGGGAGUUGUAGUUCAACAACAUCUGGGGACCCACAGGUUGAGAAAGGCUGCUGGGGGUGAAAUUUAAUUUUUGCAGAUUUAUUCAAUGAGUGGUUUUGGGUGCAAGGAAUUCAAUUCUGCUAUUGUUUUUGUUAUCGGACAACUUGGUAAGUUCACAUUUGAUAAGGAAGCAUGUAAACUGCUUCCGGAAAACCAAAGAAUUUUAAUUUUGCCUUCUGAAAGUAUCGGCUAAUACUUAAAAUAAUAACAACAAAUAAUAUAGCUGCAAGUUCUUGGCAAUCAUUUUUAGGUGAAGCUGUGGUCUAAACCACAGAGCCUAGGGCUUGCCGAUCCCCACGACAGGGUGAGCUCCUGUUGCUUGGUCCCUGCUCCUGCCAACCUAGCAGUUCAAAAGCACGUCAAAGUGCAAGUAGGUAAAUAGGUACCGCUCCAGCGGGAAGGUAAAUGGCGUUUCCGUGCACUGCACUGGUUUGCCAGAAGCGGCUUAGUCAUGCUGGCCACAUGACCCGGAAAGCUGUUUGCGGACAAACGCCGGCUACCUCGGCCAAUAAAGCGAGAUGAGCGCUGCAACCCCAGAGUCAUCCGCGACUGGACUUAAUUGUCAGGGGUCCCUUUAUCUUUACCUUUAUGCAAUUUUACUCUUUUACUUACCCCAACAAAACUAAAUUAUAUUAAUUAUAUUAAUUUAACCAAAAUAUCUUUUAAAUUCCCAAGUCAUGUUGCAACUUUUUAGCACCCCUCAUUUUGGAAUUUGAAAGGUGAAAAAUUCAACAGCAAGCAGAAUAACCAACAGCGUUGUGGGCACCUUGAAAAGCAACAAACAACACUACAUCUCAGAAGUCAGGCAUAUAAGUGAGUGUGGGACUGCGGCAUAAGGGGAAGACACAUACCUAGGAGUAAGCCGCAUUGAAUGUGAUGCCAUCUACCAUAUGAUGCUGCACUGUAAUGUAUUUCUACAGUAGGCUACAAGAGAGGGGAGAGAUGGGACCACAGCUCUGCUGGAAGACCAGCAACAUUUGUUUCCUCAUUCCAGCUGGCCGCUACAAGAAUUAUGUAACUGAGAAAUGGGGCUUAGGUUUUACCUGUAUUUCUUCCUAUAUCCUCCAAGUCCUUUUCCCAUUUUUGUCACCUGUUAAAUUAUGAGCCCAAGUACUUGCCAUCAAUAUUUGUAGACUGUCCUGGGAGCCGCUCUUUGGCAGAAAAGCCGGAUAAAAAUGCUGUAAAUGAUAAAAUAGUGGACUGUAAUUUCUUAUUAAACCAAUGUAGUAUUAGUGGGGCAGAAGAGUUCAUGGACCAGCAUCUUGCCACCUGUCUGUUUAUUUCAGGUAUGAAGGCCUUCUGGCCCGUGGGCCUAUUAUACCCAGGUGGGGUUCUAAUUUGGUCUGCUGUGCUAUUUUUCCUUUGCCAAAUGCAGGCACAUCUAUUCAUUUACAAGAUUUGUAUAUGGCUUUUCUCACACAGUGGUUCUCAAAGGGGUUCAUGGUCAUCAUACAAAAUAAUAAAACAUUUAAUUUAAAACUAUGAUUUGCACAUACAGUUAUGCUUGAAUGAUCUGAAUAAAUGCAAGGUAGAGAGUUGUGGGGCAUGCUGUAACUUUCCUGUUGUCUCUCCGUAGGAACACUUCAAAAUGCAUCCACUCAAUGAAGAACCUGGGUCAGGAGAGGCUGUUGUAGGGGAAGAGAAUGGUCAAGGGAUGAAAGACUGCAGGCAGGUGGACACCUGUUCCAACAAUGAGGACAACUUAACAAAAUCAGGUAGUUCUUGCUAUCGGAGCCUGUGUGUGUGUAAGUUUUGAACAUGAAGUAGUUUUGACAACACCUUGGGCUAAAAUGAAUGACAAGGCACAACUUUCUGCCAUUUUAUUAAUAUAUUUUUAAAUUUGGCAAGAUUUAUAUAACGCUUUAAAAAACUUGAAGUGGUUUGCAUACAAUAUUAAAUACCAAUGGUAAGGUUUAAAUUAAUCUAUUAUUUUUUAUUUUUUAUUAAGACUAGUAAGGGGGACUGAGUACUUCCCUGCUUUACUACACAAGCAUAGGAGUAUUUGUAUAGAACUGAACAAAAUGCGGCCAACACUAUAAAAAUGUUACACAUUCCUUGUUCACCAUUCUUAGCGCAAUGAUGUCCUGUCAUUUUCCUGACCUUUUCUUUUCUUGCACUUGUAAAAGCUCUAGCAAGAGAGAGAGAGCCACAUAUAAAACUAAAUUAAUGCAGACAUACACUGCAUUGCAAAUACAGUCCCUACAGAUACAGAUUCCUCUGUUGUGAACAGAUGUGUAUAUUCUGGGAUAUUACAUGCAUGCAACAAAAUGAAAUGAGAGGCCUCCCUCUGGAGUGCCCAUCUCUUUGUUUGAGUUAGCAGAUUUAAACAUCCACUGAGCCUGUUUCCAUCUGUCUGAAUUUUAGAACUACAGCCUCAACUCCCAGAAGGAGAACAAGGAACAGAAAAAGAUCCUGCCAAUGAGCAACUGAAGUCGGAAAUUAUUAGGAAUGACUGUGGUAAUGGAGAACCAGGUAAAUUACAUGAAAAAUAUCAGUACUAUAAGUUACAGACCUAUGAAAGAUAUUGCCACAUUAAAUUUCCCGUCAGGAUCACAUACUCCCCAUGGGUGUUACUAUGGGGGAUUUUUCUGAUCCUUAGUCAGCAGGAAAACACUGGGUGCAUUGCUUGCCCUCAUGCUCGAAAGCUAGAUUAAGUGGUUGGUAUAUGGUGUGAUGGACUGGGUGAAUGAUGGGACCAUGUAACUUUUGUUCUCAAGUAUUUUCUAGCUGGGUUAUUCUUCUACUCCACAGUUGCAUACUGCAACCACCCUUUGCGGGGGGGGGGGGGGGCGGGGCUGGGAGAGAGACUUACUCCUGUGUCUUUACCAACUGUCUUGGUGCUUUUAAGAGCAUAAGAACUGCUUUGCUGGGUCAGACCAAAAAUAUUGAUUUCAAGUCUGUGAUCACGGGAGGCUUCAGUUUUCUUGGAAUUUAAUUCUUUUUUAUGUUCAAUUUCAGGCAAAGGAGUAAGCCCCAGUCAGACCAUUUAUUUCACAUAGCAAAGGUGGGAGGAGGCCAGAGAGAGCCUGCAGCAAUGUAUCUUGUUUAUUUCUUGAUUACAUUUUUAUCUCCCUUUUCUUCCAAAGAGCUCAGUAUGGCAUAUUGGUUAUACUGCAGCUAUCAGUAGGUAUUACUGUAUGUAACAAUUAGCUCAUUGAAGAAAUUUUAGUUUCUGCCUUUAAGGUGAAUUUCUUGGAUCUAUACAUUUAAAAUACAUUCUGCAAUAUACUGUAUUUUCACAUAUAAUCUCCAAGCACCACAGAAGAGAAACAGCUCUGUGACCAACAUACAACAACAGAAUGAGGAAAAUAGAAAUGGUGACCAAAAGCCGGUGGCUGGCUCAUCCUGUGAACAAUCAAACAAACAAGGUGGUUUGAGGUAAUUUAGUUUUUAUUGGUGGUCUUACUUUAACAAAUCAGGGACUUUUUUUAUAGUGCUGCCAGUCUCUUAACCAUGUCAAGGUAUUAUGAGUAGGCUCACAGGUUACCCUCCCCGACAUGAAUUCCCCAGUCACUUCCCUUAACAUUAGUUUCAUGCUAUGUCUACAGUGGUGCUAUGGUUAACCAAAGUUAGCUUUUAAUUAAAGUUUGAAAACUAGGGUUUUGAAGCUGGAUCAGUGUCAGUAAUGAACUUGAUAACAUAAUUAUAAAAUCCAGACUACUUGUUGGUUUUGCACUGAGCCUUUGUGUGAAAAUUCUCUCACGAGAGCAUGCAUUUUAUGCAGCCAGCAUAAAAUAUCACAGAUUUCAGAUAUGCAACAGCUGACCAAAAAUAAUACCCUCUUUAUUGUUAAAUCUCACCCCUCGGCAAACUUAAAAACAAUGAAAUUAAAACAACAUUCUUUAGCUAUUAUUCUGGCUGGAUUCAGUGUUCUGUAUGCAGAGCCUCUGCUUCCCCUCUGAAAGUGUAAUCCAAGGAUUGGGGAACUUUCUGAACCUUGUGAAAGGUGAUGCAAUGGGGAGGAAGUUGGUGAAAAUAUAAAUAUUAAGCAGCACAUAUGCCUUCUAAAUAAGCAAAUGGAGCUUCUAGAGUACCGUAUUUUUCGCUCUAUAGGACGCACCUUGUUUUAGAGGGGGGAGAACAAGAAAAAAAAUUCUCCCCCUCUCUGCCCAGCGCCCCUUCAGCGAAGCGGCAGGAGGCACUGUGCAGAGAGGGGGAGAAUUUCCCCCCUCUUGUUUUCCCCCUCUAAAACAAGGUGCCGUUUAAGGUGCGUUCAGUCGCCUUCAGGCGGCUUACCUUGGAAGCCUGGAGAGCGAGUGGGGUCGGUGCACACUGACCCCUCUCGCUCUCCAGGCUUCAGGUUCCUUUCAACCUGCUCUUUGGGGCUGGCGGGGGGAAGCCCACCACCAGCCCCAAAGAGCAGGUCGGGGAGCAGUGGAAAGGCGUGCAGUGGAGAGGCUGCUGCCAUAGUCGCGCAUCACCUCUCCAGCUGGGAGAGGGUCGCAGGGCUAUGGCUUCUUCGCUCCAUAGGACGCACACACAUUUCCCCUUCAUUUUUAAAGGGGAAAAGGUGCGUCCUAUAGAGCGAAAAAUACAGUAUGUACUCUACUCACACUACUUCUUAAUGUUUUAGAAUGACCAAAAAGAUACUGAGGGACCUCUGCAAACAGCAUAAAUUGUAUGUGACCCCAUCUUUGAACGACACCCUCUAUCUCCAUUACAAAGGUAAGGGCCAAUCUGCUAGCUAUAUUGUAGCAAAAGAACUGACCAUGAACACCUGAGAACUUAGAAAUAUAAUAUGUUGGAAUAUUGUAGAAUCUAAAUCUAGGUCAAUGUAUACAAAUAUUUUAUUAAAUGUUUCAGAAUCAAGUGCACGUUUCAACUCCCAUCUGUUCUGGCAUUCUUUGUUCAACAACAGCCAGCAGAUGCCUCUGGAAGCAAACCAGUAGAACAUGAUGGGGAUAGUCUUCUCCUUUCUCCAGCAUAUACCAGUAUCUGGUAUUGAUGUCCACAGUCUUAACAGGGAGGAUAAUUCUGUGAUUUUUGUGGCAAUUCUGUAAGUGAAGAUCAAGACUCAAGCUAAAGUUAGUAAGCCCAGGUCCUAUGCAUCUUUAUGGAGUAAAUCUCACUGAACCAAGAGGGGCUUAUUUCUUUCUUUCUUUAUAUGAGCUCCUCUCAGUUCAAUGAGAUUUAGUUCAUCAUAAGUAAGGAUUUAUAGCAUCUGUAAAUGGAUCUUUGACAAUAUAUAUAAUUUUUAAAAUCAGCUGUGAGAGGCUCAAAUUUUGAUAGGAGCAGUGGCAGUGGGGAAAGGGGUGUUUAACUCAUGGUUUUCCCAAUCUGAAUUGCUCCUCCUCUCCCACAGCUGUUAACCCUGCAGGGGCAGGGUGUGGGGGACACUGGUUCAGUGUUGCUUUCAAUGUAACUAACUUUCAGUGGAGUAUAUUAGCUCGAUUGGGUCCCUGGAUCUCCUUACCUGCAGCAAAAAUGAAAGCCAGUUCUGCUUCUUUUUUAAGGUCUUCUUCAAAUAACAGUUGGCUAGUUGGUUUAGCCAGUAUUUGUGUACCUAUGGUUAAGUAAUUUUAUGUGUGCAAUGCAGCUAUCACCCAAUAGAGGGACUUAUUUGUUCAUGCAUUUUGUCAGCUAUGACAUUCAUGAGUACUUUCUGUUGUGUUUGUAGUUAGAUGAAUAUAACUCUCGCGUGUAAAAUAUAUAUGCACACCUUCACAACUAGUUCUAAGAUUUCUAAGGCCUCACUGGGAAACAAGCCUUUAGCCUUGAAACAUGUUGCAACCACUUUACAACUCAUUCUGUUAUUCCACCCGUGGUCUCACCUGUGCUCCUUCCCCAGAAGCUGUGGGACAAACUAGAGUCCUGGUGACUCCCAACAGGUUGAGGAGGGGCAAGUUAAACAAAGGACAAGUGAAGGAGCAUUGCAAGAGUUGUAUCAGCUGCAGCCUCCUCAGUGCAUUUUAAAGGGAACUCUGGCAACCCUGGUUGCUGCCUUUUACUUCCACUAAAAUUCUCCUCUCUUUAAAAAAAUGAUUGCAUUAGGAAUAGUUUGGUAUUUCUGUUUACUCUCAUUAAAACUUCAGUUAGGGCUCCAGAAUAUUUUGCCUGAACUUUGGUGAUAUAUUUCAUGCUCCCUUGCAGGUUUUUCUCUUUGGUCCUAACCAGAUGCACCAGUGAUAUACCAUGUAUGUUGUGUCAGUCAGCUAUAAAAGGAGCUGUUCAUGAUUUAAAGUAAAGGAGCACCAGUCAAAGGAGGGAACAUAAUCUUUUCCCCAACUAACCCCUUUUGCAGCCCUAUAGCCCAACCAGGCUCCAGUAGUAGACAUUAGUGAACCAUAAGAAUUUGAAGGGACUCAGGUGUCAUCUAGACCAACCUCCUGCCCAUGCAGUAAAUUCACUACUCCAGCACUCCUGAUUGGUGGCCACCAAGGCUCUGCUGAAAAACAUCUAAUGAACAAUUCAGGUUUUCAGGAACUUCCUCUUAAUGUUUAGUCUAAAUUCUUUGUCUUGUAAUUUGAACCCACUGGUCUAGCUCCUGUCUUUGACAGAAAUCAAGUUUAUUGUAUCACCUAUGUGACAUCCCUUCAAGUAUUUGAAGAUGGCUAUCCUAUUGCCUCUUAAUUAUUCAGGCUAAACAUAUCCUACUUUUGAAUCCUUUCUUCAUGGGACUCAGUCCCCAGACCCCUCACCAUCUUCGUCACCCUUCUCUGCACAUAUUCCAGCUUGCUGGUAUCAUUAUUACAUUGUGGUGCCCAUAACCUGACAAUACUCAAGCCUUGGAGAAAGCCAAGAGAAUUUUCUUGUCCAUGGGUCCCCACUUUAAAACCAUAUCCCCACUCCUUUUAUUAUAACGACUUCAUUCUGAAAUAUGGUCCAUCUUGCCAUUGUGUUUACUGCAUUUUUCUUCCCGCAGGAUUUGAUCGUCUGGAGAACCUGGAAGAAUAUACAGGAUUGAAGUGUUUAUGGCUGGAAUGCAAUGGCUUGACUAAGAUCGAGAACCUGGAUGCACAGACAGAUUUGCGUUGCCUUUAUCUGCAGCUGAAUUUAAUAAAUAAAAUUGAGAAUCUUGAACCCUUGGAAAAGCUGGACUCUCUCAACCUCAGCAACAAUUAUGUCAAGACAAUUGAAAACCUCUGUAAGAAUUCUAACUUCACUGAAAUAAGAUCCAUAACCUGAACACAGUGUUAUUUGGUGGUGUUACUAUCAUACAUGUAGGGGCACCAGUGUGUUAAAACACAGUGCAAAGCAUUUCCACAGCAAUUUCUGGUGGCUUCUGUGGAGGCAAAUUUUCUUGUUGGCAUCUGUCUGUCUUGAGAGACAAUGGUGUGCGCCUCUGGUGGUAAAGUCAAAUCACUGCGUUAGCAGCACUGAAGUGACCUCCCUGGGAUGUAAGCCUGGAUGGUGUCUAUGGAGGUCCAGGGCUGCCCAGACAACAAAACUCUCUCCCCUCCACUCCCAUCAGCCUCACUGAUGUGCUUCAAAGGAAAGCAGAGCAAUAUGCACUGAGUCAAAAGGAGCAAGGAGGAACAUUUUCAGCACUGAAAGUCUUCAGUGCAAACUUUUUCUUUAAAUUCCUAACAGUGGAGCAAGCCAGAUUGGGAACCAGUUGGGGGUGGGGUGUGAUGGUGAGUGUUGAAGCAUUUUAACCCUUAGCUCCACACAGGGUCCUAAUCUAAAAUGAGCCCCUGUGCCUGUAAUUUGUGAAGGGAAUGACACAAGGAUAGUAACACAAGGACAGAAAAUAAAACUUGCACAUACUUCGGGCCUGAAAAUGAACUAAUGUCUAUAGUCAUAUGCCCAAGAGAAGCAAUGCUGCAGCCUCAUCAUGAAGUGUGUUUUAUUGAUCAACUGCAGAGUAAGAUUACUUCCCCCUACAUCUAAUCUAAAUUUCCCUUCUUGAAGUAGACCCCUUGCCACUUAAACUGUUGUCAUCAGACGUACCUCUAUACUUAUAUUUAACUAACAAGCAUUCCUAAUUACAAUUCUGUGGCCAGUUAACCUGGACCCCUGUACUCUGGGACUGAACUGGGCUUUGCGGUUCCAGUUUGGUAUGACUGAGGACUUUCCAAUGUUUCAGAGGACAAUAUGUGGGUCUGUGCAUUUUAAUCUUGUACAGUAUAUCCACAAGCAGAAGUUGCUGAGAAUCUUGCCCCUAAAAUGGCAACCUUGAUUGGGCUGUAAUUGGUCCUGGUAGCAUAAUCUUGUUGACUUUGUUACGAUUCCUUGAUUUAUUUGGCAGUCCCAUUCAUUUUACUUAUUCUAACGGUAUCCUUACUUUUCAACAGCUUGUUUGAAAGUUCUGCACACUCUACAGAUUGCUCACAAUCAGCUGCAAACAGUUGAAGACAUACAACACUUACAGCAAUGCCCAAGUAUCAGUGUCCUUGACCUCUCUCACAAUAGGCUAGAUGAUCCAAACAUUUUAGAUGUCCUGGAGACCAUGCCUGAUUUGGUAAGCAAAGAAUAACUCUAAGAUUGCUUUAUCUGAUCCACCAUUUCUCAGGCACAAAAUGAUUCUGUUCCACUGAUCUUACUGUGCUGUGGAAGGAUAUAUGCUGUAUCCAGUGCUUCAGGGACAUUAACAUGCCUUAAUAAAAUUUAGAGUCAGGUGGUAGGAGAGGAGUUACUGUAAUAAAUUUGCAUAAUCAGGAAACAAAAUCCUUUAUGGGUUAUGUCAAUAUGAGUAUCCUCGAUUCAGACCUUCCUUAUGCAAGAAGAACAGAGGCCACAAGGAACAGGUAGCAGGUUUAGCUCCCACCCCAGUAAUGUCUCUGAGUGCAUCUUUUUCCUUUCUUCUGCAGGAGUAAAUGAGAAGAAGGUGCAGUUAAGUGAACAAAAGUUUACUCAAACCUAAUCCUAUGAAAAUGAUUUAAAUAGUCAUAUAUUCAACUAUUUUUAGUUCCAGGAUGGCUUCACAUAUUGUACAAAAAUAAUUUCUACUGUUGUAUUUUAAAUUGAAGCUGUUUUGCUUUUUUUUUUUCUUCUUGCAGCGUGUAUUGAACUUAAUGGGAAAUGAGGUAAUAAAGAAAAUUCCUUAUUACAGGAGGACACUUAUCAUCAGAUUGAAACAUCUGACGUAUUUGGAUGACAGGCCAGUGUUUCCAAAGGACAGGUAAAAUGGGAAAGGAGAGAGUAAAGAGAUGACCAGUCUAAAAUAUUAUUAGUAGACUAAUCAAUUCUGACUAUGAAAAAUGGAUAUAUUAACAACUAACUUCAUGGGGCUGUUAUAACACACACACACACACACACACACACACACACCAGAAUGGCCUGUAAGAUCCAGAUCCUGAUCCUAAACAAAUUGCUUCAGCUCACCAAUGUGACAACCCCCAAAGCAAUCACUUCAGGAGAGCAAGCUUGUGACUGGGGCAACAGAGGUAGCAUAAUUUAAAGACAGUCUCAUUCAUCCAUUCACUUUGUGGCUUACAACAAAGAAACAGAUGCAUUUUAAACAAACACUACGAAAACAAUUUCUUAAUAACAUAGCAAAACAGAAAUAUAAGAACACAGAGAAAACCACAGUUCAAUAGACAAAUAUAACAAGAUUACUUAAACAACAUGCAGCAUCCAAUAGCAAAAAUAGCAAGGGAACUUCACAGUUUCACCUUAGUCCUAGAAACACCCCUCCCUUAUGAUACUCCCCAGUACUGACCAAUCCAAAUUGUAAAAUGUAUGGAGGAGGUCCUGCUGGUGGUACUGCCAAUGGGUAUGAUCCAGAGUGGUGGUGGCAGUGACCCAGGACCAGGCUUUCUCUGUUGUGACACCCUGAUUAUAGAACAUCCUCCCUGUUGAAGAGUGUGUUGUUGUUAUUUAGACUGAAACUGAGGACCAUUUUUGGUCACUGUACAUGAAUGGAAGGUGGGUGUCAGGAGGCAGGUAGUUGCUAUGUUUUACAUGGUUUGAAAUAUAAUUUUGGUAAUUUUGUGAUAAUUAUAUUUAUGAUGUUGUAUAACCGUCCCAGGCUCCCUCCAGAGGAAGGGUGGAAUAGAAAUCCAAUAAAUUUUUAAUUUUACAGUCCCACAUAGCAGCACUGUUCACACAUUUUUAUUACUAUUUUAGUUAGCCACACCACAACCAAAGUUAUCUAAAAUACAUAUAAUGCCAUCAAACAUAACAGUGACAAUUAAUUAAGCACAAACCAGGGAGAACAAAUUGCCCUUUCCUGCAAGUACAGCUGGAUGAUAGGCCCAACAGCAGCACUGCACACUUUCAGGCUGUGGAAACUGCCAGACAUAGGAGUCAGUUCAUUAUGUAGACAUAAGUUCCACGGAAAUUAAUGCAACAUCAUUCCAUGUGUCUGAUGGUAGUCAUCUUUAUUCUUUCCAGAGCCUGUGCAGAAGCCUGGGCUAAGGGUGGCCGUGAAGCUGAACAAAGUGAAAGAGAAACAUGGGACACGAAAGAAAGGAAGAAGAUCCAAGACAGUAUUGAUGCUCUUGCCGCAAUCCGGCAAAAAGCUGAAGAGAAGAAAAGGCAGUGGGAAAUAGAAGAAAGAGAUGGAACAUCAGCUGACAGUGAAGAAGGUUUGUGUUUAAACUUUUGAGCAGAUCUAUUGUGCCACCAUAGCCCUUUUGAGCAUCCAGCUUCACACAUUUCCAAUUCGGAGUGGGGUGGGGUGGGUGGGUAGGGUUAGGGGCAGAAGCACACUUACUGAGCUUGUUCCCUCUUUAUGCCCCAGUUACUUACUACCUUCCAUGCAGUCAAGGAUGAACUUCCCAGAAGAGGAAAACCUUCAUAUCCUUUUGGAAGAAAACCAAUAAAUGGACUAAAGUGACAUAGCUCAACAAAAACCCAAGGAUUAGUAUUACUUGCAUGCACACUUACUCUCUUUUUGUUUUGGGGGUGUUCUAGAGGAAAUCCCAUCUUCAAGCAGCAGCACUGAGACAGACACUACAGGAAAGGACUUGUGUACUUUGGAAGCGUUGGAAACAAAGGAGAAGAUUGAUAAAUUUGUGAAGGACAGCAUGGAUGCCCACAAGGAGGCUGUGGCUGAAGGAGCAAUCUUAGGAGAUCAGUCGGGGAGACCAGAGAGUGGUCAUAGAGGUCAUCAUGAUCAGGAAGUACAAGAAUCGAGCUUUGGCAUGCAUUCAGAUUUUACAUACACUGCAGAAGGUAUGUAAGUAUUCAUCUAUUUAGUUGUUAGUGCAUCUUUUAUCCUGGAAAUCAAGGUGGCCUUCAUGAGGACUCUCAGACAGUCUCCCAUCCAGAUACUGACCAACCACAAACCUACUUAGGUUCAGCAAGGUGGCUGCAUCAUGUGUUCUCAGACCAUGCACUAGCAAUACUAGUUGAAACACCAUCCAGAUUUGGGUUGUAGAGUUGGCUGGGGAAAAGGUUCAUCCAUUUCAUUUCACCAGGGCUCUGAAGGUGGGGUUUGUUUAGUUAGGAAAGUUUAUCCACAUAUAUAGGUAACAUUCUAUAGGGAGGCUGCAAAAAUGCUUGCAUAUUGCAGCAUUCCACAAGAGGGACAAUAUUUUGUGAGUAACUUUCUACAUAGUUUUGUCCAAUCGACUAGCAGAUCUUCAUGUCAGUUCUGAAGAGUCCCAGGAAUGUGCAGCACUCAUGUAGAAACUGCCUCUGCAAUUAAGAUUUUGUGCAAAGUCAGUCAUAUAGGUUGCAGUGGGGCACCAGGGCCCUGCGGGAUUUGACAUCUUUCUGCAGGGCCUGCAAGACGGAGCUGUUCCGCCUGGCCUUUGGCUUGGACUCUGACCCCUUAUAUGGGAUUUGGUAUAUAAAUUUUCCCUUGGUUUUUUUUCUGGCCCAUGUAGGACCAGCAUUGAUAGCUGGCUCAGUUGAAUAUCUGAUAUUUCCUCUCUUUAUGGUCUUGAUUUAUGGGCUACUACUAGAAUGAGGCUGCAUUUUAACCUGUAUUUUAAGCCAUAUUGUAAUUAACUGUUUUUUCAUUUUUUCUAUUACAUUUUAUUGUAAUUUAUAUUUGGUGUUAGCUGCCCUAAGCCCAGCCCUGGCCAGGGAGGGCUGGGUGUAAAUAAAAAUUAUUAUUAUUAUUAUUAUUAUUAUUAUUAUUAUUAUGUGACAGAACAAUUUUUUGACAGCUUUUUACUAGGGACAGAGCAUAAUACAAAAGAGAGAGAGCCCAGUAUGACCUUCCCAUUUCUAUAUUUUUGUACCUAGAUCUGUUAAGCGUUUUGUCUCUUUCUUUUUUUUUAGAGAUGCCAGUAGAUAAGAUGGCUACACCUGGACUUUUGCUCACUGAACUUGCUGACCCUGCAGAGAUAGAACAAAUUAAGUUGGAUGUACCAGAGAAACUUUUUCUUGAUGUAUGUAUUAACUGAGGGAAGAAAGGGUGGGUUAUGGCCAAGAUGAAGCAUCUCAGAAAUGGGUUUUGUAUUUCCACAAACUCCUAAAUUUUGUAUUUUAAAAAUUACUUCCUUCAAUAAACUCGAGGAUAACUUUAAUUUUUAGGAGCUACCUGAUUUGGAAGAUGUAGAUUUGGAAGUCUCACCAGGAGAGAUCUUCACUAGAAAGGUGAGUUAUUCUAAUAGCACAGUGCUUUCUUAAUCCUGUGUUUUUACAGUUAAUUUAGGUAUAUUCCUAACAGAGCUACAGACUUUUUUGUAGAUCAGGAGACUCUAGAGAUAUUUUAAUAUCAGCCAAUGUGUCACUCUAAAAUUCUUUAGCUGAUUCCACAGAGUACCUCAAGCACAUAUGCACAGGCAUGUGUGUUCAGAACAAGUUGACGUGUGCAGAUAAAAUACAUGGCUGUACUACUUCAAAAUGUAUGUAGGAGGUGUAGCAAUCAUGGGCCAAUGGGCAUGGAUGAUGGGAGUUAUACUUUAGCAGCAUCUGGAGGGCCAAAGGUUCACCACACUUACACUAGGUGCUCAAUUGCAAGCCCCACUUUCUGCAGAGAUGAGCUCCACUCAAGAGCUUCAACCAGGAGCUCGUGAGUGGAACCAGGUUUAUAUUUGGUGACCAAUGCAAAAUGCACUGAAUGCAAGCUCCACUGUUGAGGAAGCAUCAGCAGCACAACUUAAGGUUCUCACAUGUUGCUUUGUAGCCAUGACUUUACUGACAUCAGAUGUGAGAGAGCUAGGCAUCACUGGAAAAACUUACUCAUGGGUCAAAUUAGAACCACUGGCAGACUAAUUUGGCCCACUGUUGAGGAGUUAAACUCUCAGUGUGCUUUGGAAAGCAACAUCCCUUAGAAUAGUGUGAGGUAUCAAGACUAGACUGCCUCACGUUCAGUUUUUUUAUGGUAGCCCAAAUCUCAGUUGUACGGGUGUACGGUAUGUAUAUAUCUCAAUUUUAACUCUGCAAUCCACUGCAAUCCCCUCCGAUUGUAUAUUUUAUCUUCAUGAACGCUGUUUUUAUUGUGUUAUGUUACGUGAGCUGGUCUUUGACCUUAAUAAAUUAUCUAUAAUCUAUGUCAAUACAGACAUUUUCAAGCUGGUUGGUUUUUUUUACCUUUAUAGCCAAGUUCUCCAAAGAUUGAAGUGAUUUCUGAAGCAAGUGAUGACAGAGACUGCAUAGUUGAAAGAAAUGCAGACACUUCUAGGAAUAUAGAGACAGAAGAGAUCCCAAUCUCUAUCUUUUCAAAUACAUGUAAGAUACCCGAAGUCUGUCCAAAGGAAGCCAUAGAACCCAUUGUAACAGACCUUCUAACACAACAAGAGGAAGUAUUGGAAGCCAAAGUACAACCAGCAAAACCCUUGAUCGAAGAGAUUCCUGGGCCUUUGAAACCAUUAACAGAUGAUGAAGCAGAUGAAUUAAUUCCAGACAUUGUGGAAAACGGAGAGAGCCACACUGUAUCCUCUUGCACAGGUAAAUUCACAUAGACAUGAUUUUGGGUCCACCUGCUUGGUUUUUUUUAAGCCACCUGUUCAUUUUUUUAAUAACAGGACAAAGCACCAUCAGUAUAUGUGCCCUAUAGCUUCACAACUAGGCUUCAGUCCAACUAUGUGCUAUUAAAGAAAACAGUUUAAUGGUAGCUCCAUCUCUUUCCAGGUCCACACAUAGUUAAUGUGGCUGGCUUAUAAUUACAGAAUGCUUACACCUAAAGCCUAACUUUAUUUAUUUAUUUUUAAAGUAACUAAUUUAUUUCAGUGGUGCUAUACUUGAAGUGAUACUUGGGGCCUAAUUUCAAUGAGCUUCUAUGGGUGUAGAGGUGUGUAUCUUUCCCUUAAGAGAUGUCCAUAUAUAGACAUCACAUUUACAUAGGGGCUGUGCAUAGAAGAUCUGCAUAUGUCUCAAUCUGAUACACAUAAAACUUCUCCACAUAAUGACUACCACAAUUAUGGAUUCUGUAGGCCCUGUGCAAGCAUGAACUUUAUGAGUGUAGGCUUCAUGCAAACAUGGAUUUUUGUUUGGGUUUGCUUGGUUUCAUGAUGAAUUGUUAUUAUGUUCACCACUUAGAAAUUCUAAUUGUUAAGCACUGUAUAGAUGCCUUAAGUAAAUAAAUAUUAUGGCCAAUUGGUUGCCAUUAGCAAAUCUGGACAGGGGAUGGACAUGUGCAGUGGGUAAAUGAGGGACAUAAUUCCACAUAUAGAAGUUAGUCUAAACUGAACCUAGAAUCUGAGCCUAUGGAAGUCUUGAUACAGCAAAAAUCUUCCUAUGACUGGUAGGUAUUGCAAAGAGGUGCUUCCUAGAGCAUAGAAUUCACACACUGGUAACUGGUGAGACCCUACCAUUGCUGUCCUAGCUGCACUGAUCCCAUUGGAUCAUCUGGGCUUGCCUGACACCUGCAAGUCCUGCAUCUGGAAGGGUGUUUUAAACAGUGUUUUUGCACAAGGUAAUUGAGCAUUUCCCCUAGUGCUUUAGCUUCUCAAAUGUAAACAUCCAGAGAUUGAUUAUUAUGUUUUGCUGCUUGAGAUAUGAAGUCUUCACUCAUUUUUUAAGAAAUGAAGUUCACAGACACUAAUAAUAGUUAAGAGCUUUGAGGAAAGGGGCUGUGGAUAAGAAAUAGUGAUUGGCUUAAAGCUAUAUUGUGGGUCUGUGGUUGAAGAGAGAUUUGACCUGGGGCCUUCCUGGCUCAUAGCUCACAAUUUUAAGCCUUCACUGCCCUGAUAAUCCAAAUGGUAAAGGGUUUCUUAUUGCGCCCAGUGCUUUCUCUGCUGGGGACCAUUCAAGGAAUGAACUGCAGUGACUACUGAGCGGUCCAGUUUAGACCGAAUCUCAGCUGCCAAUCUUGUCUUUGGAGUAGCUUCUGGCCUAAUAACUGGUCCUUCUCUUCAGGAAGGUAUUUGGGGAGAGUAUAGCUCCUAUGUCCAGAAACUAACUGAAAUUUCACCCCUUAACAGGGAAUAUCUCUGAAGAAGAUACAGAGCAGCAUACUCCUGAAAAUAAAUGAAGAAGUGUUGUAUGAAUUUAUAAAAUAGAAGCCAAGAUAUUUCCCAUCGUUCAUUAGCAUUACUGCAUCACAGCGAGUGCUGCAACCCUAACAUCAUUAGUCACAAAUGCUUUCUGUGACACAACUUGCAGGCAAGCAAUCCUGGCAAGCAAAGUCCAGUCUCUCUUCAAUAGUUGUGCCUUACUUUUACCACACUGCUGCGAUCAAUGGCAGAGCAGGCAGUGCCAUGGUGCAGAUGGGGGCCUUAUGCAUUGGUCUUUCCAGGUGCUAAGCAACACGAGCUCACCCACGGUAUGCAUCUGUGAAAGUUCAAUGCCACCAAGUCAGGUAACCAACAUUUAAAGUAUGAAUUCAGUUUUCAGUCUAUUUUCUUUCAUCUGUUGAGAAAAGCUAGUUUAAUCAGUAGCAUCCAGCAAAAAUGAAGAUCAUUUAAGUCUCAUUUAUUUUGGUGAGAGUUGAGCGCAUGCUUAACUUUCUCCCCCUAAAAUCACACAUGCUUCACUUUUGUUGGAUUCUGCUCUAAGUUUGUAGAAAGUGAUUGCCAUUGUUUUGCUUAUUUUGGUUAAAUGUUUACUUUUAUUUGUAAUUCAGUCUGAGUAAAUGAGUUUGUUCUCAGCUUCUUGCAUCAUUUGUUAUCUGACUUGUGGUGAGGCGUAUUGAACACCUAUGACAUCAGCAUAGACAGAGAAACCCAACAAGCUAGUCUUCACAGAAAGGCACCAGAGGUUUUCACUCAACCCUCUUAAAAGCAUCCACUCUCAAUCUCCAGAACUUUUGGCUAGAGUCCACCUUCCUACAAAAGCUUGCACAUUUAGUGCCCUAGUCCCAACCGCACAAAGCAUCACAGCUUCUUUUGUUCAUUAGGAGAGUGAUGUUUGCUCCUGGCCAGGUCACCAUCUUAAUUUGGGGGCUCAUGAUCCUGAUAUGGCUACAAAUAUUAUUUGUGGUAUACAAGGCGGCCAUUCCCAAAGUACGAUCACCUUGCAGACAGGUAGUGUUGCAAGGUCUUUUUAGGCCCUGUGGCUGCUGUGGUCACAGGCUGAAGGACUAUCUGGUCAAACAUUGCUUGUUAAUUAUAGUUUGACAGAUGCUUAAUGAAUGGAAUACUUUACAAUUGUUUCUGCUUAUAUGCAUCUUUGCAAAUCAAAACAAAUGCUAGUAGCAUGUGUAAAAGUAUAAGUAUCACCACCCUGAUCUCCUAUGUAUAUAUAAUUAUAAAAGCACACAGAGUUAUGACUGGAUGGUUGAUGGCUUCUAACAGAAUGCAAGUGAGACAUGCAAUCCCUCCCCCUAUACAAAUGCAUUAACUGCUAUAAAGAUUUUUAUAGUUUAACCCAUGGUGACAAUGUUAAGGUGAAGCAACACAAAAACAACCCACUGCCCCCAACACUGAGUGGGCCUAAACUACCUCACACGGGUAAAUAAAACAGAGUAAUCCCAUAGAUACCUCCAAGUUCCCUGGAGGAAAGGCAAGAUUACAGUAUGGGAAAAUAGGGAGGCAAGUCUGUUUAUCUAAUAUAGGAUGCUAUUGAUAUCAAUACACAGAGAAAUGAAUCCAAGAAAAAUAAAAGGCUGUGAAAGCAGAACUUUAUGAGGACAAAAGAAAACCUCUUUAAUUAGCAUACCUUGUAAAACUUUACAAAUGUACAGCAUAGUGCAAAAUUGCAGGUUCAGCGCAUCAACUUCAAGUAUAAAAUAAAAUAAGCAUAAAAUAGCCAAGAAAACCAAUCACACACACCACCUUUCAAGAAAAAUUCCUUGAAGUAGAGAUAAUUCUAUUCCCCUUGGUUUUCACUUUCUGAAGAAAACUAGAUAAGAGGGGUAUGCACUCUAGUGAAUCACUUUAUAAUCAGAAAAGGGUUGGGAGCUAAUGUGUUUCUCAGUCAAUAUCAUUUUUUUAAAUGCUGCACCUGUAUCAUUGCAAGUGGUGUCUUAAGAGAGCUACAAAAAUGUAUAAAACACUAGAUUCUACAAAAAUUACAGAUUGCUACUAAACAGAUUGUGCUAAAGCUGCAAAGGGAAGAAAAUCAUCUUGUCUACUCUUCAGAAAUAAUUCUGCUCAGCAAAGUCACGAUGUGGAAAAUCAGCUGAGAAGCGAGGGUGAGGGCUGUGUGUGUGCAUGUACACAUGUGGUGCUGUGUGUUCCAAUCUGUAAUGUGUCUACACUUUGGUAUAUAGACAAUAUGUGGUGUAUGUGCACUGUGCUAUGUGCAUUCAUAUAUUCUGUGUGUGUGUCCAUGUCAGCUGCUAGCAUUCAGAUCCCAGAGGGGAUGCAAUGGAAUAAGGAAGCUUUUGGCACAGAAAUGGUUACCAGGCACACACGCUGGUGCUAAAGCAUUCCUUCUACCUGUCCCUUUACAAAUCAUCACUACCACUGAGGCUAUGCUUAAUUUCUAAACUUAGGGGGUGCUAGGGUAAAAGUCAAUGCCUCUCUAGUACAGGUAUGUGUGGGAUGGUGUGCUUACUGAGGAAUGAGGAAGGCAUGUUGCACAUGCUGAGAGGUACUCUGUUAUGAUAUGAGGUACCAUGUUCUAGGUCUAGGUUCUUCUAACAAAUAGUUUAUCAAGACUUAGCUCUUGUCUAAAAUUAAUUCUGACCUAAACACAUUCUUUCUCUGUUCUAAAAGGCCUAACUACUGACCGGAACUGGCUUAAUAGUCAUUCUCUCCCCACAAAUUAACCAUGCAAAAUCCCAUUCUGAGAGGGUGGCAUAAGAGAAAUCUCAGUAUCCUCACCAAGCUACACGUGCCAGGAAUCUAGGGAAACCAUAGCCAUUAAAUUGGCAAUAAACCUGAUAAAGUUUCAGAAUAGAAGCAUUGCAGUGUAUUAGUAGGUAAAAAUAAGGCUUUGCUGCUCUCAAAGUUUUGUAAAAGCCAAGGAAGCCAACUGAUGCAUUCUCACUCAUCAAUAUAUGUCUCACUUUCCCUUUAUUUUCAUCACACACAGUUUAGAGUAUCCUGGAGGGAGUUUGUGUAGACAUGGAGCAUGCACAAAUCUACAGCUAACUAGAGGAAUUCUGGAGUGACUUCAGCCCUACAGCUGCCUCCAUAGGGGCAUUUUAUGGGAACAAGCGGUCUAAGAGAUAAUCCUGUCAGUGGGUACUUCUGGGACAAAUGAUUUUCCAGAUGUUAGGAAUGCUGAUCCAAUGUACCAAAUUCCUACAAGCCGACCAGGAACUGUGUUGAAUGCCAUGUUCAUCCUUGCUGGACCACAUGGCAGGCAAAGGAAUCAACAAGAUGAGGGUGGAUGACAGUCCAAAGCAAGGCUUGGUAAGAAAUAUACACAUCAAACAUUUUAAUGAGUGCCGUUGCUUGUGCUUUUCUUUCAAUGCUAAAUCAUGCAACCCUAUUACAUAGGAAGUUACUGUCUGGAUGCAACAUCUCCCAAGGAAUCUAUCAUUAUCACUUUACUCCAGCUCAAUAAACCAUAAUGUUAUGCAAGAUAAUCCUUAGGUAAUGAUUUAUGUAAAUAUCCCUAAACAGAUACAUUUUGGAACACCAUGUAGCACAAUUAGAUGAAUAACAGUCAAAUCCAGCAAACCAUGGUUUAUAAAUCAGAUUUCCAGCAAACCACAACCUGUAAAUCAGGAGUAAGCCCUGGAAAGAUAUGGUCACUUUUUAGCUCACCUCUCUGAUGCAAAAUCCCUCCACUUUUUCCUUAUUAGCCUUAACCAUAAUUCAACACAUUACAUUUGUAUCAAAACUAUAGUUUAGAUUAGCCCUGUUCCCUUUUAAUCAGAUGUUACACACUAACAUCAAACCAAGGUUUCAAACAUUAAUUAAGAGAGGAAUCUAUGUUAGCAUUAGUCAUGGUUUCAAAGCAAGCAAGCAAGUGGUAAAGGAGAGAGUAAGAAGAGUUCAUAUUCCCAAGAAUGACCCCAAUCCUUUGGGUUAAUAAGUUCAGAGUAAGAUGACAAGGAAGGAUUAUUUCAAGAGAGGAGAGGUUCCAUGUGUUCUCAGGGCUGGAUCUCACAAAUGUAUUUUGAACAGCAGGAAAUCAGGGCUGCAUUUGUAGCCACAGGCACUAUAGAUUUCUGCAAACUGCACUCACACUUGCAAUUUUAAGACAUGCAAUGACUCUCCAAGGAUCACCCAGGAUUGCAAAGACAGGUGCAAAUUGAAAGAAACAAAUCACAUACUGUACAUCCAAAAACUAGCACAUUUUCAAAGUUUGCUUUUAGAAAUUGAACUUUGCAGGAUUUAAAAUAAAUAAAUCUAAAACUACAACAAUCUGUGAAGUCAUAACAUUUUUUCACAUGUUCAAAAAAACAACAAUCCCAAAUUUAACAAUGUCCAUAGUUGGGAAUGCUGAAAAAAGUCAAGCUAGAAGAAUAUAUAUUAGAAUUCUCAGCAGCACAUCCAAUUUUUUAUUCAACCCUCCCCAAAUAAUUUUAAUUUUAGCACAGUCCUUUUGUGUGAACGAGUAAGACAUGCAGCUGGCUCUAAGCUAGAUUUGGCAUUUGUCAAGCUAGUCCUGAUAAUGUCAAGGUUUGGCACAACAGUCAAUAUAGCACUAUAUGCUGAUGUAACCAGAAUGGGGAAUUAGGCACAAAUUAGAGACGACCUUUCAGGCUCCAAUAGUAAAACAGGAGAGAUGAGACAAUGACCAGGAUGGUCCCUGUGAGAUCAUGGGACCCAGACUGAACAUGGGAAGAUACGUACCUUUUAUUGAGGUCUAAGAUUUCUCAUGAGAAAAAACUGGACACAGAGCAUUGGACAGGACCAAAGCGGUGUGUAGGGAUCACCUCCUCACUGAUUGUCAGUAGCAGUUCAGAAAUAAAAGCUUCAUUUUUAGCAUGAUGGGAGCUUCAAAAACAGACAGAUAAUCCCUUCGACAGCUAACUGUCACUCACAACCUUUGACAGAGAAACAAAAAUGACUGCAUCACAUUUGUGUAUCUGUUAUGAGUGAGUGACUUCCACUUCUUUACAUUCAGGCUGCUAGAUGUCUCCCCCCCCCCCCGGGGGGGGGGGGAGGGAAGGCAUAAAUAGUUUAAGCUAAGCAAAAGAUCACUCAUCAUUCUCAUUCGGGCAAAUCAGGUUCGAUGGGAUGUAACUGAGAUGGGGAUUUUAAAGUCCACAGCAGGAAAGAAGGAAGGUGCUGUUCUAGACCCAGUGUAAAAAGAUGAACUGUUUGGUACAUUCAUAGUGUUGCUCCUCCAAAAGUGCAGACAGAUGCUUUCCAGAAUGACGUCUC